AUGAAGCCGAGCAAAUCGGUGGAGGACGAGCUUGAGGACUACAUCUGGGGCAAGGCCAACGAGCAGCAAUUUCUUCAGCGGGUCGUAAACGAGACGGGCACCCACCUCGACUCGAUGCUGCGACGAGUGAAGCAAACCGAAGAAUCCCUCAACAAGCACAUCCGGAAAGGAGUAGAACAAAACCUGCCCAAACUCUUCGAGCAGGCGACGGCCCUCGAAGAGCUCGACCGAACGCAGCGCGUCGUCGACGCCGAAGUCAACGAGAUCUACAUGAAAAGCGAGGCCGUCCAGCGACGCAUACAACAGCUGACGGUCGCCUACGAGAAGCGCUACAAAGAGCUGGAAGAGGCGCACAAGCAGCACCGGCUUCUCAAGGAUGUCCAUCGCUGCCUAGAACUGAUGGACGCAUUCGAGAAGCGUAGUGACAUUGUCAAGCGCAGCGAGAUCAUCCUCGAGAUUGAAUUCCUGGUCAAGGUGAACACGAGGCUGGUGGAGGUGAUCAAAACGGUGGUGACGACGAAGCUGAAGGCUGCACAAAAUCAGGUUCGCUCAUCAGCCGCUUCGGACCUCCGAAGUGCCCUCUCAUCACUUGACGCCUCACAAGUUGCCAGCGCCGUUCGCGCCUUGUCCAAUUUGAACUACCUAGAUGCCGAACUCGACACUCACCUGGCGCGAUCUGUGGCUGAAAUUGAGACGUCGUUGGAUGCCCUAAAUCAACAGAAGGACAACGUGCGCGCGAUGAUGGCCACCGUCAACCUGAUCCAAAACAGCAUGGAGCAGGCUUCGAUGCUCGGGCAACAGCACUUGGCCAAGGCGCUGCGCACACGUCUCUCCGCCACCGCGCCCUAUUGCCUCAAAUUCAUUCAGCAGCUAAACCGGAUUCUCAACGGGCUCUCCGCGGAAGCCGUGGCCCCAUUGACGGAUGCGCUGCGUCCCGUGAAGAAGGAGAUCUUGAAUCAAGGAUUGCAAAAAGUGCAACGCCAAAUCACCGAGCACAAUUUUGCCGACGGCUACUCGCAUGCGUUUGUUGACGGGUUCAACAGCGCUCUCCUGGAAGAGCAGACGAAUAUCGAGUGGGAUCCCGACAUGCGCGAGACGUUUGUGAAAAAUGUAAAAACGUGCAUCGAUACGGUCGCCGUGCGCCUGGAAAAGGAGAUUCGCUUGGAGCCAGAAAAUCUCUUGCUGGGUGAUCGUCUACUGGCGGCGCAACAGGCCAACUACUGCAUGCUCGGCAUCGGCGGACUGCUCGCCUCCAAAUGGGAGGGCCAGAGCGAGAAUUUGAAGAAAUUUGUCGGGAGUGCCCUCGGACGCAUCUUUCAGGCGGUGCGCUCCUCGGUGUCGGCGAUCGUCGGCUCGAUGCACCAGGAGAAGCUGGGUGGCCGCGAAUGCUCGCUGUACAUGGCCGAGCUGUUGGCGUACCUGGAGCGAGUCGGCGGCCACUGCGCGCAUCUGGGCCCUGUUCUUCGGCUCACCUCCGCCCUGGGCCCGCUGAUCGACCACACGCUGCUGCUCUUCCUCGCGCACGCCAGUCUUGUAUCGCCGAUGAGCCCGGAAGUGCGAGCCCAGCUGGCGCGUGAUGCGACGCGACUCUUCGACGCCUGCACGAUGCUUCAUCCCUCAACCCUUUUUGGCGACGUCCGCCCGUUGGCCAUGCUGUUCGCCAGCGACGAUGUGGAGACGAUCAGCGAGAUCCCGACCUGGCUGAUCAUCCAGACGCUGAUCGCGCAAAGUGACGCCUCGCUGAAGCGCCCCCACGAAUCCGUCGAAUGGGACCAGGGCCAGUACGUCGAGUGGAUGCUGGCGCAGGAGGACGCUGAAAAGUACUCAUUCCUCUCCAACCUGCUCUCCUCCUACACGUCGUCGGUGGUCAGCCGCGGCGGCACCGAGUUCGUCGCCAACUACCCGCGUCUAAUCGCCCUGCUCGACCGUGCCGUCAAGGCCAGCAGC